GACUCCGAACUGAGUAGCUCAAUACUUCGUGAAGUCUCCCCAUAGCACAGAAAUCUCCAACAUCCCACAGACACUCUAUAUCGAGUUUCCCACAAGAAAAUUCUGUGAAUAUCAUUAGCAAUCUGCUUGCAUUUCGCACCAUACAAUAUCAUAACCACACAGUGUUGAAAAAGUGAGAAUUCCCAUUCGUUUCUGCCGGAGUGAAAGGUGUGCUUUUUCCUCAAUUGCGCUUCUGGAAAUCCCCUUGACGGAUUUUUCCUGGACACUGUCUUUACUGAACACAGAAGAACCAUUCACGGGACAGAACGUCGCCUCCUGAGUGGCACAGACUUGGAUUAAAUUACUCCUUUCCGGACAAACAGACUUGGCGAAGGAGUUUAUUAUUUCGUACAUCAAACCAAUUUGACUGUGCACGGAGGUCUUACAAUUGCUAUACAUACCGCGGAGAUCGCUGUGCCCAUAAAUAUUUCCUUUUGGAGAGGAAAAUAAACAAUUUACCAUGACAUGAUCGGCUGUCCAUGUAGACGAGUUAGUAAACAUAUCGAUUCGAGUGGCGGAACAUGGUAAUCAAUUAUCAAAUGUGGAACACGGAGAAUUGAAAGGGAAUUGUCUUGAUGCAACUGCAAAUUGAUUGAGAUCGCAUCAUUCACAACUUCUUGCGAUCACCGGAAAUUUGCACAGUUGGAGGGAUUUGGUUGGACAGCAAGGAGAAGAAAAAAAAAACGACGUGCUAAGGAGAGAAGCUAACAAUGCCAUCGGAGAGUGAACAAAUUGCCGCGACGUCGCCGACGAGUCCAGCGAAAAUGGCCACGGUGACAACGACAAAUGGCACGAAUGGAAUUAGGGAGCGAAAAUCAUCAACAGAUGGUGAAAAUAAUAAAGGACCUUCCUCAGCGAACCGGAUAUCUGUGACAUCACAUGAUCCAACAGACUAUGUCCAAAGAGCACGAACCACAAGAGCUGCUCCGCCAAAACCGGCAUGCAAUCCCAUGCAAUUUGUGAAGAUAAAGCCGUGCAAUUUGUAUCAGAGUGCCCAAGAACAGCUAAAACGGGCGGAAGAGGUGAAGAAGGUCAAGGAAGUGAAGAAGGAGGACGCCGAAGAUUGGCAAUGCAAUUUGGACAAUUGGAAGUCGUCACGUCGAAAACGAGUGGAACACAUUAUCGAUCGAGUUGUUGAAGUGAAGAAGUUGGAGCUGGAGGAACACGAGCGAACGCGAAGAAAGUCCAAGACGUUUUCCGAAAUGCUAGAGGAAAGAGGAACUAGACGAAAAAUGCCGCUGGCCGUGUACAAUGAGGAUGAUGCAAAUGAUUUUAGUGAUCUGGGAAUUGGAACGAGCAGUGCAAGUGGCAAGAGCAGUCUCUCUGAAGACUUUGAUAAUCACAGUGUGAUCAGUGACAAUCAGGAUACGGAAAAGUCACACUCGGACGUGGAGAACAAUUCAAAUCACGAGAAUGGAAACCACAGGGACUACGUCUCGAGUCCGGGAUACGACACAUCCUCCAGCACAGCGCCGGCGAGCUCUCCAGAUCCCUGUGAGUACACAUACGAGGGAGCAAUUGAGGGCUACAAGCUGCGAAUAUCCCGAGCGCAGUCGAUUGGCUUCAAUGGUUUCAACAAUGGGCGCUUCUCGAAGGAUUCCACGCCCGAGAGGGCUUCCUCCCUGGACUCGGGGAGGAGCAGUGGCCAUGAGAAUGGAGUGUCAGCUCCUGCUUUCGUGCCGAAGCGACCGUCAGUGACGAAGAUCGAGGAGCGUCUGAUCAAUUUCGAGUUGAAGUCUUCCAGUGAUAGCGCCGCAGAGGGGAGCAAUGUGGCGAAGAAGGACCUGCCCAAGGUCGACAUUGGGAAGAGGCGAGAGAUGUUUGAGAAAGACAAGCCCGCUGCUGUGACAAUAGCGCCAAUGGAGUCAACAGUUCAGAAGCGCUUAUCUGGUGAUUUUUCCAAUGCUAAGAGCAUCAGGGAGCGACUGUCGAGCUUCGAGCAAGUACAGAAGGAGGAUGGCAGCAAGAAGGCCAACAGAUUGUCUGGUGAUUUGUCGAGUAUAAAAGAGCGAUUGUCGAUUUUGGAGAAGGAAAAGAAGACAACUGGUGAGAAACCGCUGAAAGUGGAUGUUCCAGUUGUGAGCUUGAAAGAUCGCCUCACGUCUCUGCAUUCCGCCGUGUCGGCGUCAUCAGUGGUCAGUGCGAAGCAGGAAGUGCACGAUGAAUCAAUUGCCGAGACUCCUGCCCCAGAGUGCGUGGAGACGCCCCAAGAGAGUGUCGUUCCCAUGGAUUUGGAGCCGGAUUGCGAAGACAGCGAAAGUCAGCAAGUGCAGGAGACCGUGCAGCCGACAGAAGAUGAUCUGACACCGUCAACCCUUGUGGAAUCCACUCCAGUGUCGCCUGUGCAGAGUGAUCCCACGCCAGUGGACGUCAAUCACGAUGACACACUCCUGCCCGCCGAAGUCACGAGCAAUGAGCUGUUCGACGACAACUGUGCGUCUGAUCUCACAGAGCAAGAUACGAGUGUCUUGGAGGCACUGGAUAUCGCUUUUCAGGCCAUCGAUGGUGGUGAUCAGUGUGGCACAGCGGAGAAUGAAGUGGAGAUUGAGAAAUUGAUUGAUGAGCUUGUGCAGACGCCAAUUGCAUCGCAAGCUGAGCCAGAAAGCCAAUCAGAGGCGGAGGAGACAAUGGACGCCGUGAAGACAAUCAGCGAGGAGAAGAUCCAGAAGGCGCUGAAAGCCAGCGAGCCGAUCUAUGAAAUCAUCGAUGAUGUUGUCGAGCAGCCAGAGUCGAAGGCAGAGGAGACUCUAAUUGACCUGGAGGACGAGGAGGAGCCCUACUAUCAAGUGCCCAAGCCCGUUGAGCCGUACUACGAGGUGCCCAAGUCGAAGCCCAUUCCUCUGUACGAGAAUGUGGAGAUCUUCAUGGGUGCCAGUCGUCCCAGUGUCAGCAGUUCCGAUGCCCCAACUGUCCAGCCGCCCAAAGAGAAGCCGCCGCCGCCUCCAGUGGAGGAUGACGCCACAGAUGACGAGGGAGGCAACGAGGAGUACGAGGAAGACGUCAAACCCGAUGACGCCAUGAAGCGAAUGAACUCUACGCGAAGGAUUAAGAAGGAGAUUCGCAACAAACGAUCGAGUUUCCUGGGGAUCGAGGGAUCCACUGAGGAUGAUAUUUCACUGGAAUUGUCUGUGGCUCCGCCACCCGAUAUGUCAGCUCUCCUGCAAGAGGAACGUCGCCUGGAGAAGCAGGUGUUAUUCAAGACGGGUCUCUACGAGAGCUCCGACACGGGCGAUAGUCGCGAUUCUGGCGUGUCUGAGAAUCAUUCUCGACAGAGUAGUGAGCCUUUUACUACUUCAUCGGAAGAGCAGGAAGACUAUCUGGCGCAGAAAGAAACCGAGAUCAUCAAAGUGCUAAUGGAGGAGAAGGAGAAGCGCCGCUCCAGCGAUUCACUUCUCCACGAGAGCAAGCGGAACGGGCCUGAGGAGUGGACGGUGACCGGUAACGGAUUUACUGAGACAGAAAGUAAACUGACGCACUGUGGUGUUGAUGAGGAAUCGCGAAUGCGGUGUUUGGAGGAGCAAAUACGAGAACAAGAGGAGGUUUUGCGCGUCGAGAGGGAACUUCUUCAGCUGGAGCAGGAGGAACUGAAGCGUCAGCGUGAGAAUUUGCUCUUGAGGGAGAAUCUGGCGAGAAAGGAGCUCGAUCACGGUACAAAGAUGCUUAUGUCGGCAAAUCGACGAUCCCUGCAGGAUCUGAACAGUGUGCAGUCGACAGUGACAGUGAAUCAGUUCGCCAAUGUCUCUGCACCUCAUCCCGUCUAUCCCAUUCCGGCGGACUAUCGGCAGUCGAUGCCGGAUCUGCAGCAAAUUCACCUGGAGCGCAAGGUUCCGCCCACACCACCUGCCAAGCCCAUGAGAUCGAAUCUCAUCCAUCAGGAGUUCCAGACGGCGCGGGAGUCGUCGAUAAAAGCCAGCCGGGCUCCGUCAGCCGAUGCCAGUGAUGCGGAGAAUCGCCGAGAUGACGCAGUGCAGCUGAGGCGACAGCCAGCGCAGCAGCACGUGUACGGGAACAUGUCCAGACACACUCUGCACGCCCUUAGUGCCGUGCCGAAGCCCAAGCUGACGGACGGAUGGGUGCAGCAGAACAGGAAGUCGGAGCCGACAGAGAAGUACUAUCCGAUUCCGCGGAAGAAUGACUUUGUCAAGGCGGGAACGCGCGAAAGGAUCACGAAUGACUCUUCGUGGAUUGCGGCGAGGAAGUCUGAGCCGAGGGGAUUCAGCUAUGGCAAGCACUGGCUGAUUCAGGAGGCUGAGCAGAGGCGAAUCGACCAGCAGCUGGGCGUGAAACCCACCUUGACGCAGCAGAACGGCUGGGGAACGGCGCAGAGGAGGAGUAGCGGCGGCGAUGGGAAGCCACUGCCCGAUUCAGUCAUCCAGACACUCACGCAGAGGGUGCAGAACAGAAUGAGCGUGAAUGAGCGAAGACGACUCGAGACCAAUGGUGAAUUGGUGACUCAACAGAACCUGUCUCCGGAGUCUCAGGAGAAGAUUCUCAGCGUGAGCGGGAGGAAGAAGUGCUCGCACUGUGGCGAUGAGUUGGGUCGAGGAGCCGCGAUGAUCAUCGAGAGUCUUAGGCUCUUCUUCCACAUUGACUGCUUCAAGUGCUGCGUCUGCAGAGUGCAGCUGGGCGACGGCCUCAAUGGCACGGACGUGCGCGUCCGGAAUCACAAGCUUCACUGUCACAACUGCUACUCGAGUGACGACGGGGUGAAGUUCAGUUGCGUUUGAAUAUUCGUCCCUUUUUGGUAGAUUUAGCGAUAUUUUUUUUAUCUCUAAUGUGUUUUUUUGUAUUCAAUAAGCAAAUGUUUUUUACAUGCAACAAAUCGUCAUUCCCUCGCAGAGGCCAAAUGGAAAUUGAGAUCCUUGCGAGAUCAGUGGCGGAUAUUCUUUUUGUAAAUAUGAGGACUCCCGCGCGAGAUCCUGGCUGUACAUAGGCAUAUAAUAUCUUUCACUUUGUACUUCUUUGUAACGUCCUGGAAGGAAUUUUCCACGCUCAUUCUUCCCCUGUUUAUUUUUUUUUUCUUAGAAUUUAUGUGAUUUUUAUUUGUUAAUUUAUAAUGUGUGGUUUCAGUUCUCUUGCUUUGACCUUACAGAAUAAAGAAGAGUGAGUGUUUCUUAUUGCGCUAAGCGAGGAGAGAAUUGCAGUGAGAGAAACAAUUAAAAAAAAAUGAAGCAUUUCGUUAAGAGGAGAAGUGUGGAGAAAAGAAACAAAUUAACAUUGUGUAGAUAAUUUGACUCUUCUUUUUCCCCAGCCUUUUACAAGUUCAAUUCAUUUAUCGAGGAGGAGAUGAUAAAAAUGGAAAAAAAGAUAUGCAAAAUAUGGUAUAAAAAGUGUCUAUAAAGUCUAUUAAAGAAUAAAAAUUUAUUAUACAAUUAA